UGUAUAUGACACAAAGCCUUAUGGAGAGGGAGUGGGUGUCUCAGACUUGCAUGGUACAGAAGGAGGAGAGCUCGCUAUUGCACAAGUUAUUACUGUUGCUGCUUUAGGAUCGGCUGUAUGGGACCACCUCUGAAGCUGAGCACAGAUCUCACGCAGCCAUAGAGGAAGCAGUCGACGGGCUCCAGAAGAGAAUAGCCCAGGGUGUCAGGAAGGGGUCUGAUUUCUACAGCCUGAAACUCCUGUCACAGGCUCUCAGUACAGGAGAACAGGGAGAUACAUGGGGUGAAGGCGAUUUUGUGGGCACGCUAGCUGGAACGUGUGCCAACCAUAGCCGAAUUCCUUCUUCAGACUUGACAAAAAAAACCCAAAACAACCUGGGUGGGUGAGAAGAGCUUCGGGGUCCUGGAGAAAGUCAGCUGCUACAUUAUCAUUAUCGUCCUGUAGAAGAGCCGAGCUGUUACUCACUUGGUACAUCUCUACGUGUCAUAAUGUUUCCAUAAUCAGUGGUCCCGGAGAAAGUUGUGUUGAUUUUCCCCUCGCGACUUGUAAUUCUGGUAAACGAAGAGGAAUAUUCUGGAGAAUCUUUUACUGCAGGGGUUGAGUUAUGCCUGUUAAUUGUUACUCUGAUCUGCAGUAGGAGUUGAAUAAUGGGGUUAGGACGUGUGCUACGUGCAGAGGACUUGAUUAAACGGAGAUGGAUAGAGGGCAUCAGCCGGGAAAGUGUAUAAGGAGUGAAGUUCACACUGCAAACCCGUCAGAGGCUGUGCCUGGUGUUCAGUGUGCUGGGAUGGGGGUGGAAAGAUUCCCACAAUAUCCCGUGAAGGCAUCUCACUCAGCAUCAGAUGUCCAAUCCUCUUCAAACUCACUAGAUGGGGUUCAUCAAUGCCACAAUCACCUAGCUUCUGUGCAGAUUAAAGCCAAUGGUGAGGGCCCAUCUGUUGAACAGGAAGAGCAGGUAGCAUUGCUUGCCUGCCCAGUGGCUGCUCUUAGGGCUAGGGGUUUGGCAAGUGGAGACAUGCACCUGUUGAGAGGUGGAAAGAGUGGGGCAAUAGUCAGCAGAGAGAGGGCCUUUAUCCGAGAAGUUGAUAACAGUACCCACUGCCAAGAAAUUGUAAUGCCAAUUAAUGGAAGGACAGAUGGCUUUGCCACUAAAAGGAAAUGGAUGGAAAAUGGACUAACAGAGACUGGUGUUAGGGGGAUUGUCCCAGAGAGUGGUCCCUCAGUAUUCCCUCCUGUGGAGGGUAAGAGACGCAAGACAGAGGUACAUGAGGAUGCCCAUAUUCACCAAGAAUCCACUUCCAUAAGGGAAGGACAACUUGCAUCAAGGCCAGUGGGGAACAAAAGUUCAGUAGUAUCUCCCCUACGAAUGUCAUUAGACUAUAUUGUUCCCUGCAUGACAUACUAUGGUAUUUGUGUGAAGGAUCACUUUUUAGGAGAAGCACUAGGAUCAAGGGUCUUUGAAGAAGUGCAGAUGCUUAAUAGAAGUGGAAAAUUUCGGGAUGGACAGCUUGUCAGCCAGAGGACAAUUCCAUCCAAAAACAUCCGUGGAGACCAAAUUGCUUGGGUGGAAGGGAAAGAGCCGGGCUGUGAGAACAUUGGGGCUCUCAUGUCCAAAAUAGAUGAGGUCAUUAUGCACUGCAAUGGGAAAAUGGAGAAUUAUGUCAUCAAUGGAAGAACAAAGGCAAUGGUCGCGUGUUAUCCUGGAAAUGGGAUGGGAUAUGUCCGACAUGUGGAUAAUCCGAACAGAGAUGGACGCUGUUUAACCUGUAUCUAUUACCUUAAUCAGAACUGGGAUACCAAGGUCCAUGGUGGGCUGCUGCAGAUUUUCCCUGAGGGACGCUCCGUGGUUGCCAACAUUGAGCCAUUAUUUGAUCGGUUAUUAAUCUUCUGGUCAGACCGACGCAAUCCUCAUGAAGUAAAACCAGCAUUUGCCAUGCGAUAUGCCAUUACAGUGUGGUAUUUCGAUGCAAAGGAGCGAGCAGAAGCCAAAAAUAAAUACAGGCUAGCUGCCGGACAAAAAGGCAUUCAUGUCCCAGUCUCCUGCCCUGGUACUGUGUAACAGGGGUUGGUUAACCUGCUGCUGUUCAUAAUGUUGGAGUUUUUACUGAAAUUUCAGCUGCUAUUACCCUUACAUAGGCUGGAUAAUAAAUGCUUAUGUGAUUACCUGUAAACAUUUUAUGCAGCCCUGGAUAAAGAGAAGAUGCAUAGGGUGGUUCCACUCGUCUGUUAAAAUUGUGCAGAUUAUCUGGUUUAAAUUGAAGUAAUUGUAUUUUACUGCAAAAUGACAAGUAAUAUGAAGGCAGUUGCGAUGAAAUGGAACAGAGGCAUGGUGGGUUACAAGUACUAUAGAUUCACUUGGUUCCCAAAGAUGUGCAGAGGGUUAAAGGAAUACUGGGAAAACAUCCUGCAUUGAAAUCUGUUUUUCAAAAACAGAUUUUUUUAUAUUUAAUUU